UUAUUAAUGCUGAUUCAUUGAAAACAACAAUUGAUAAAGAUCAAUUAGAUAUCGUCUCAUUUUUUGUUUCGGAUAUCAAACGUUUUUCGGCUGUUAUUCAAAUCCAAAUUGAUGUUAAUGGACGAGGGUACAAUGUACUAGAAUAUGCAAUUGCAUUAAAAAAGAGUGAUUUUGUACGAGUAUUUAUUAGUGUGAGAGUACCACCAGAAGAACGAGAAGCUGAAAUGGUGCCGUUAGUACCCGUUUUACUAGAACAAUUUGUUGGUGAGGAUGGUAUUGAUCUUUCUGUGAUAGACGAUUGUCUUUGUGCCCGACCGUCGGCUCAUAAAUGUAUAUUCGGUCGAUCGAAACGCUUUUCAUCAACAAAUUGGUUGAAGCAACAUCCAUUAUCAUUGAUAGCUGAAGCAAAUCAUGCGCCCGUCUACGAUCAUGAUGUUGUGAAAAUGUGUGUCGAUUUAAAGUUUCAAUUAUUCGGAAAUUUUCUUUAUUUUCUAAUUUUAUGUGCACAAAUAUUUUUUGUUAGUCUAUACACUGGUAUUGCACUUACUUCACCAACUCCAUAUAAACCUGGUUUUACCUAUUAUGAUAUGGCAAAUAUAACUUGUAAACAAAUGUGUCUCACCAUGCAAAAUGAUCCAACAGAUCCAUUACAAUCAAAUAUAUUAUUACAUAUUGCUCGUAUCAUAUUAUUGUUAGCAUCGUGUCUAGCCUUAUUUAAAGAAUUUAUUCAAUUAGUCACUCAACGCGAAAAAUAUUUUCGAGGUUUUUUCGUUAAUUUUUUGGAAUUGCAUACAUACGUGUGUGCCAUUAUAUUUGCUAUUGAUAUUAAUGAGUGUACGAGAAAAACAGGUUUAAGAUGUAAAUUUCAAUGGGAAGCAGGAGCAUUGGGGAUUGGAACAGUAUGGACACUGUUGUUAUUAGUAUUUAUGAAUGCAUUAAAAAUUGGAAAAUAUGGAUUGUUAUUCGUUAGUGUAUUUUUGACAUUCUUAAAAUUUUGUUUAAUUUAUGUAUUUAUUUGGAUCGGCUAUAUUAUUGCUUUUCAUAUGUUUUUCAUUCAUAAAAAACCACAAUUUUCAAAUAUCUUUCACACGAUACCAAAAACAUUGGCCAUGUUAACGGGCGAAUAUGAUUUUGAUGAUCUAUUUUUUCCACAAGGAAAAUUCUUGCAAGGAUCAGAAGCAGCUAUGGCAUUAUACAGUACAUUUGUGUUUACAAUGAAUAUUGUGAUCAUGAAUAUUAUGGUCGGUUUAGCUGUAAGUGAUGUAAAGUCCUUUCGUUUGAAUGCUAAACGUGAACAUUUACGUGCACGUAUUGAAACAUGUUUGGGUUUACAGGCAAAAUUUGGUCUACUAUGCGAAACAUGUUCGAAACUUGUACUAACAUUAUCGAAACAUUCAUUAUUUCCAAACAUAAAUCAACGUAUAACACAAUUACACGGUAUUAAAAAAUAUCAUUUAUGGAAAUUAGAAUUGAGGAUUAACAAAAUUGAUAUACCAACAUUGAUUACAGCACAUUUGACGAACGCAAAUUCUAGUCAAAAUAAACAUCAAAAACAACGAGCAGAACAAAUUACAUGUGAAGUUGGGUAUUAUCGUCAUCAUAUAGAUCGUGCUGGUGAACCAUUAUUACAAGAUAGUGAAAAUGUUCGUCUAAUGCGAAAAACAGAUGAAUUACGUGAAGUAUUAGAAAAAGCACAUUUGAGAAUUCAUCAUGAACUGAGAAAAUUAACUAUUGCAUUACAAACAGAUUUUGAUGAUAUUAAACGAAAGUUAUUGGAAAGUUAA